AUGCGAACGCGAUCCGCUCCUCCGCUGGAGCAAUCAGUCUCCGGCGAACAACCGCAACCGCAACCGCAACCUUCCAAAGCCACUGCGAAACCUAGCAAAGCCUUUAUUCUGCCCUCUUCUGCCAGUCCAGACGCCAGAUUUGUUACCUUACCCAACCCACGAACGGGUGACUUGACUAGAUACUUCUUUUGCCCAAAACUAGGGCUCUACGAGUUCACGGUUGUUUCGUCGGCUGCACAAUCCCCGCGGAGUAUCCUAUACACCUCAAGUCAAAGCGACGGCAAGAAGGCACAGGGAACUAUCUCCAAAGCAGCUGAACUCGCCAUCGCGACCCCGAUUGACAUCGUCUUCUUCGUGAUACCCCUGCUUCGUUCUUCUCCAUCUUCAAAUGAGGGCAAGAGACUAUUCCAGCCAUUGGACGACAUCAUCGAUUCUCACGAUGAUUUACCCAAACAUCUACGGUAUAUCCUGUGCCAUGAAGCUUUUAGGGAGACGCUAUUGCGCAGGGUAGAUGGCGUAUGCGACUCGGUGGAAGCAGGCGAUGAAAAGCUGUUUCGGGUUAGCGAUGCGAAGCUCUUGCGACAUGUGCUUGCAAAGGCAGAGCGGAUGAUUUCCCAGGGACUUCCUACCAGCUUGGAGGAGCGGUACGUUAAGCAGGCUUUAGCUGCACCCCUGAUGUCCGUCACUCGAACAGACAUAACCACGAGUGCAUCCCUACCAUCGCCAGAAGAGGAUGAAAAAGAGGAGUCAAAAGAAGCCAGGGACGCCCAAUCUACAACUACCACCAUUACCACCGCCAGCUCAACGUCUGUUUCAACACCGGUAAGCGACUCAGCGCCAACGCCAGCUGGGGAAGAUCUCCCUGACCAACAGGCCUGCCCUGAAUCUAUAAUCCGCCUUCAGAGACUUUCCACCGCUCUUUCUUUCCUGAAGUCCACAUACGUCUCUCCAGAACUCAGUAUCAAGCUUGAUACCAUCUUAUCUGGCCCGGAGACCCCGGUUGACUUCGAACCAUUAAACGACCAUCUCAAGCACCUUGCAGAGUUGCGCGCAGAAGCACUCGCCUCCCGAUCCUUUGGCGACUUCAGCCGCAAGCGCAACGCAGAGAAUGAUGAUGUUGCUGAGGCACGCGCCGAGAAGAAACGCCGAAAGGAGGAGGAAGAGAAAAAGAAGAAGGCUGGAGAGUCGAGGGGUGUCAGAGAGUUGAAGAAGGUCAACACCACCGGCAUGAAGAAAAUGAGCGAUUUCUUCGGUAAGGCAGCUGCGAAGAAGAGGUCGUAG